UCCAACUGAGAGGAAGAGAAGAGAAAGAGGGGGAAAGGAGGACCGAAGAGGAGGAGGAGGGGAGGGGGGAGGAGGAGGUGGAGGAGGAGGAGGAAGAUCAGGAGGAGGAAAAGAAGAGGAAAAAAGAGAAAAAGAAGAAAUAUCACAGAAAAAAAAACUCUUCGUUGUCUUGCCUGGGCUUUUUUUUUUUUCUUCCCUAAAAAAUAACAUAUUGGAGAAUUGGGAGAAGUUUCCUUGGUUUGGACAAAAAAAAAAAAAAAAGGAAUCUUCAGCCUAGAUCACUUUCUUAUCCGGACUGGGAUAUUAAAUAUACGACACAUCCAGGAGUUUAUUGGAGCGCAGACUGAUGGCGCAAAGGUACGAUGAGCUGCCCCAUUACGGCGGGAUGGACGGAGUAGGGGUGCCUGCUUCCAUGUACGGAGACCCUCACGCGCCGCGGCCGAUCCCACCGGUUCACCACCUGAACCACGGGCCGCCGCUCCACGCCACGCAGCACUACGGCGCCCACGCCCCGCACCCCAAUGUCAUGCCGGCCAGCAUGGGAUCCGCUGUCAACGACGCUUUGAAGCGGGACAAGGACGCGAUCUAUGGGCACCCGUUGUUUCCUCUGUUAGCUCUGGUCUUUGAGAAGUGCGAGCUGGCGACCUGCACUCCCCGGGAACCCGGAGUGGCUGGCGGAGACGUCUGCUCCUCCGACUCCUUCAACGAGGACAUCGCGGUCUUCGCCAAGCAGGUUCGUGCCGAGAAGCCACUUUUUUCUUCAAAUCCAGAGCUGGACAAUUUGAUGAUACAAGCAAUACAAGUACUAAGGUUUCAUCUUUUGGAGUUAGAAAAGGUCCACGAACUGUGUGAUAACUUCUGCCACCGGUACAUUAGCUGUUUGAAGGGGAAAAUGCCCAUUGACCUCGUCAUUGAUGAAAGAGAUGGCAGCUCCAAGUCAGAUCACGAAGAACUUUCAGGCUCCUCCACAAACCUCGCUGACCAUAAUCCUGCAUCUUGGCGAGAUCAUGAUGAUGCAACCUCCACCCACUCAGCAGGCACCCCGGGACCCUCCAGUGGGGGUCACGCUUCCCAGAGUGGAGACAACAGCAGUGAGCAAGGGGACGGUUUAGACAACAGUGUAGCUUCACCUGGCACAGGUGAUGAUGAUGAUCCAGACAAGGACAAAAAACGCCAGAAGAAAAGAGGCAUUUUCCCCAAAGUAGCAACAAAUAUCAUGAGAGCGUGGCUCUUCCAGCAUCUCACACAUCCGUACCCUUCCGAAGAGCAGAAGAAACAGUUAGCUCAAGACACAGGACUUACAAUUCUCCAAGUAAACAACUGGUUUAUUAAUGCCAGAAGAAGAAUAGUACAGCCAAUGAUUGACCAGUCAAAUCGAGCAGUGAGCCAAGGAGCAGCGUAUAGUCCAGAAGGUCAGCCCAUGGGGAGCUUUGUGUUGGAUGGUCAGCAACACAUGGGAAUCCGGCCUGCAGGUUUGCAGAGCAUGCCAGGGGACUACGUUUCUCAGGGUGGUCCUAUGGGAAUGAGUAUGGCACAGCCAAGUUACACUCCUCCCCAAAUGACCCCACACCCUACUCAGUUAAGACAUGGACCCCCAAUGCAUUCGUACUUGCCAAGUCAUCCCCACCACCCAGCCAUGAUGAUGCACGGAGGACCCCCUGCCCACCCUGGAAUGACUAUGUCAGCACAGAGUCCCACAAUGUUAAAUUCUGUAGAUCCCAACGUCGGCGGACAGGUUAUGGACAUUCAUGCCCAAUAGUAAAAGCGAACUCAAGGAAAAAGGAAACACACGCAAAAACUAUUUUAAGACUUUCUGAACUUUGACCAGAUGUUGACACUUAAUAUGAAAUUCCAGACAGCUGUGAUUAUUUUUUACUUUUGUCAUUUUUCAUCAAGCAACAGAGGACCAAUGAGACAAGAACACAAAUGUGAAAUCAUGGGCUCACUGAGACGAUUCUGUCCAUGCAAAGAUCCUCUGGAAAAAGACUCCGAGAGUUAUAACUACUGUAGUAUAAACAUAGGAACUAAGUUAAACUUGUACAUUUCUGUUGAUCACUCCGUUAUGUUGCCUCAAAUAGUUUUAGAAGAGAAAAAUAAAUAUAUCCUUGUUUUCCACACUAUGUGUGUUGUUCCCAAAGAAUGACUGUUUUGGUUCAUCAGUGAAUUCACUAUCCAAGAGAGACUGUGGUAUAUUUUAAACCUGUUGGGCCAAUGAGAAAAGAACCACGCUGGAGACCAUGGUGAGCGUGUGGCUGAACCUCAUCCCUCAGACUCCAGCUUCAAGAAUGUGUUUUCAUGCCCGGCCUUCGUUCCUCCAUAAAUGUGUCCUUUAGUUUCAAACAGAUCUUUAUAGUUUGUGCUUCAUAAGCCAAUUCUUCUUAUUAUUUUCGGGGGACUCUUCUUCAAAGAGCUUGCCAAUGAAGAUUUAAAGACAAAGCAGGAGCUUCUUCCAGGAGUUCUAAGCCUUGGCUGUGGACAAAACAAUCUUAAGUUGGGCAGCUUUCCUCCACACAAAGAAGUUACUGGUCCUAGCACCGCAACUAGGGCUUCAUCAGAAACUCAAAGCUUGGGGGAUAAAAACGGAGCAAGAGAAUACUGUAACAAACUUCGUACAGAGUUCGGUCUAUUAAUUGUUUCAUGUUAGAUAUUCUAUGUGUUUACCUCAAUUGAAAAAAAGAAAAGAAUGUUUUGCUAGUAUCAGAUCUGCUGUGGAAUUGGUAUUGUAUGUCCAUGAAUUCUUCUUUUCUCAGCACGUGUUCCUCACUAGAAGAAAAUGCUGUUACCUUUAAGCUUUGUCAAAUUUACAUUAAAAUACUUGUAUGAGGACUGUGACGUUAUGUUAAAAAAAAGGUGUUAAGUCACAAAAUGCGGUAAUAAAUAUUUCAUUUUUGAUUUUU